AAAAUUGGAUAGUGAAAUUGAAUUUUGGGAUUUGGAAUUUUCUACGCACUAACUCUCUUUCUCUCUCUACACGCACAGUGCUUUCUGUCGCCUUCAAUCGCGACUUUUUGUGCUUAUAAAGAUUAGGGUUUUAUUGCUCUCUCGCUUGACAUGAAUCAGCCCCAAGUUUCUUUGGGUAACAGCACUGGAGGAGACGCGGAGGAAGAAGAAGAAGAAGUGAAUCAACAUCAGGAGGAGGCUGAAUCUAGGGAUCAAAUCGUCGUCGAGGAGAAAUCAGCUGAGGGAGACGAUCAGAUGGAGGUUGAUCCCGUGAGUCCCGCAACUGUGUUCUGCGUUACUCUUAAACAGCCCAACUCCAAUUUGCUCCAUAAGAUGAGCGUCCCUGAACUCUGCCGUAACUUCAGUGCCGUCGCGUGGUGUGGCAAGUUGAAUGCUAUUGCUUGCGCUUCUGAGACCUGCGCCAGGAUUCCAAGCUCCAAGGCAAUUCCACCCUUUUGGAUCCCAAUUCAUAUCUUAAUACCCGAGCGACCUACUGAGUGUGCCGUGUUCAAUGUUGUGGCAGACUCUCCUCGUGACUCUGUCCAAUUUAUUGAAUGGUCUCCCACUUCUUGUCCUCGUGCAUUACUCAUUGCCAACUUUCAUGGACGGAUUACUAUCUGGACGCAGCCUACUCAGGGUGCGGCUAACCUAGUGCACGAUGCUACCUCCUGGCAGUGUGAGCAUGAAUGGCGUCAGGACAUUGCUGUUGUUACAAAGUGGUUGACGGGGGCUUCUCCUUAUAGGUGGUUAUCCUCCAACUCCAAGACAAGUUCUGGAACAAAUGCAAAGUCAACUUUCGAGGAGAAAUUUCUCUCACAGAGCUCCGAAAGCUCAGCUCGGUGGCCCAACUUUCUCUGUGUAUGCUCUGUUUUCUCAUCGGGGUCCGUUCAGCUUCAUUGGUCCCAGUGGCCUUCUAACCAAGGAGGCACUGCACCAAAGUGGUUUAGUACAAAGAAAGGUCUUUUAGGUGCAGGGCCUAGUGGGAUUAUGGCUGCUGAUGCUAUCAUAACGGACAGUGGUGCCAUGCAUGUAGCAGGGGUUCCGAUUGUAAAUCCCUCAACAAUUGUAGUAUGGGAGGUGACCCCUGGCCCGGGAAAUGUACUCCAGGCGACUCCAAAAAUCUCUACAGGCAGUCAUGUGCCACCAUCCCUUAGUUCUUCCGCUUGGACAGGCUUUGCUCCUUUAGCUGCAUACUUGUUCAACUGGCAAGAAUACUUGAUAUCCGAGAUAAAUAAAGGGAAGAAGCCUACGGAUCAAGAAUCCAGCGAUGCAAUAUCACUUAGCUGCUCGCCAGUUUCCAAUUUUUCUGCUUACGUAAGUCCCGAAGCUGCAGCUCAGUCUGCGGCAACCACUACAUGGGGAUCUGGAGUUACUGCUGUUGCUUUUGAUCCAACUCGUGGUGGUUCAGUAAUAGCUGUUGUUAUAGUUGAGGGACAGUACAUGUCGCCAUAUGAUCCAGAUGAAGGUCCUUCAAUCACAGGUUGGAAAGUACAGCGCUGGGAAUCAAGUGUUCAACCUGUUGUACUGCAUCAGAUAUUUGGAAGCCCAACUUCGAAUUUUGGUGGACAGGUCCCCACACAAACUGUCUGGGUAUCGAGAGUGGAUUUGAGCAUACCACCUACAAACGAUUUCAAGAAUCAUCAAACAGCUGUUGCAGGGCCUAGUGUGGAUGCACAAAAGGAGCCUGAUUCUGGUGAUGACAAGGCUAACAAGGUUGUUUUUGACCCUUUUGAUUUGCCAAGUGAUAUUCGUACACUUGCACGGAUUGUCUAUUCUGCUCAUGGUGGUGAAAUUGCGGUUGCUUUUCUUCGCGGCGGAGUUCAUAUCUUUUCGGGUCCAACUUUUUCACCCGUUGAAAACUAUCAAAUAAAUGUCGGUUCAGCUAUUGCUGCACCCGCAUUUUCUCCAACGAGCUGCUGCUCGGCUUCUGUAUGGCAUGAUGCUGCGAAGGACUGUGCUAUGUUGAAUAUCAUUCGUGUUCUUCCGCCUGCCCUUCCACCUAACCAAUCAAAGGUUGAUCAAUCAAUGUGGGAGCGGGCGAUUGCUGAGAGAUUCUGGUGGAGUCUUUUGGUUGGAGUUGAUUGGUGGGAUGCAGUUGGCUGUACACAGAGUGCUGCAGAGGAUGGCAUUGUUUCGCUGACCAGCGUGAUUGCUGUCAUGGAUGCUGAUUUUCAUUCCCUUCCUUCAACACAACACAGGCAACAAUAUGGUCCUAAUCUAGACAGGAUCAAAUGUCGGUUACUUGAAGGAACCAAUGCUCAGGAGGUUCGUGCCAUGGUCUUAGAUAUGCAAGCAAGAUUGUUGUUGGACAUGCUUGGAAAAGGAAUUGAAUCAGCUCUUGUGAACCCUUCAGCGUUGGUUAUUGAGCCAUGGCGAACAGAUGGUGAGACCAUAUUAGGCACCGAUCCUGAGGCAAUGGCUGUCGAUCCUGCUCUUGUUUCCAGUAUUCAGGCUUAUGUGGAUGCUGUUCUUGACCUGGCUUCUCAUUUUAUCACACGUUUAAGACGCUAUGCGAGUUUUUGUCGGACACUUGCAAGCCAUGCUGCUUCCACUGGAACUGGCAGUAAUCGCAACAUGGUUGCCAGUCCCACACAAAAUGCAUCGUCUCCUGCAACAAUCCAGGCUGUUCCUGACAAGUCAGUGAAUCACGGACCAGGGCAACCUACUGCUACUACUAGUACUACAAACUCCAGCGGAAGCACACAAAUGCAAGCUUGGAUGCAAGGUGCCAUAGCGAAAUUUAGUAGCUCAAAUGAUGGAGUGUCAAACUCUACUGCAAGCCCAGUCAGUGGUUCAGCUACCUUCAUGCCAAUAAGCAUCAAUACAGGAACAUUUCCUGGAACACCAGCUGUUCGGCUCAUUGGGGACUGUCAUUUCCUUCACCGGUUAUGCCAGCUGUUGCUAUUCUGUUACUUCCAGAGGUUACAGGCUUCACGAAAUCACCAGAGAAAUGCUGAUGCCAGUUCACAAAAGCUUCAAACGGGGGCUACCAGCAAGUCGGAAGAGGUCAACUCUGCUAAACCAAACCCUGCCUUGAACAGGAUGGAGGAAGCCCAGGGAUUCCGGACUUCUCAGUUGGGUGCUGGAGUGAAAGGGAUUGAUGAUAAUUCUGCCCGUACAACAAAGAUGGGAUCUGGGAAUGCUGGUCAAGGCUAUACUUUUGAGGAGGUGAGAGUUCUUUUCCAUAUACUAAUGGAUCUCUGCAAGAGAACAGCUGCGCUUCCGCAUCCCUUGCCUGGCUCUCAGGUAGGUAGUGGGAACAUCCAAGUUCGACUUCACUAUAUUGAUGGAAACUACACUGUGUUGCCUGAGGUGGUAGAAGCAGCUCUUGGACCACAUAUGCAGAACAUGCCUCGUCCAAGAGGAGCUGAUGCUGCUGGCCUUCUACUUCGGGAGUUGGAGCUUCAUCCCCCAUCCGAAGAAUGGCAUAGAAGAAAUUUAUUCGGUGGUCCCGGAACAGAUCCUGAGGAUGCGGUCCCGUCAGAUGAUACUUUUUUCACGCAGGGUCAUUCCCUAGAUGUGUACGACAGAGUCCAAAGUCUUUGGCCAAGAAAACGCAGAAUGUCUGAAAGAGAUGCGGCUUUUGGUUUAAAUACUUCUGUGGGUUUGGGUGCUUAUCUUGGGAUCAUGGGUUCUCGUAGGGAUGUUGUCACCGCCACGUGGAAAACUGGUCUUGAAGGAGUUUGGUACAAGUGCAUAAGAUGCUUAAGGCAGACAUCUGCAUUUGCUUCACCAGGUGCUUCUAAGCAGCCAAAUCCGAAUGAACGUGAGGCGUGGUGGACCAGCCGUUGGGUUUAUUGCUGCCCCAUGUGUGGUGGAACGUGGGUCCGUGUUGUAUAGAAGAUCUACUAUGCCUGGUUUGUCAAAUUACCAGUUAAUUUGAAGAUAGUGCAAAAACCAAACCAAUGGGAUUAAAGAGGUAUAAGGUUAGCUUGUACACCCAAAAGCUAUUCACCAUACUUGCGAUAAUUUAAGUUUUGUUACUUGACAAAAUUGCGUGGGAUAAGAAGCGAAAGGGUAUCUGCAAGGGUCUUUUUAUGUAGUGACUUGUUAGACUUGGUAGAAGCCCGUAUGGUUUAUAGCUUUGCUUCUUGUGGACUGUUUAAACUCUCCAGACUAUGGUGAUGGUGUAAUAUAUAGAGUCCAUGAUGUAGUAGAAUCCAUGAUUAAACUUAUGUAUUCGUUGACUUUUGA